AUGAGCGAACGCGACCAUUUAUUGCCUCAUGGCGACGAGCAGCCUACAUUAAAGUCUUCAUUCAAAGCCACUGUGUUUUCUUCGAAGAUAAACUAUCUUCUUAUCUUUGUUCCUUUCGCUUUGGCUUUUUCCCAUGCUUCUGAUACUGUUGUGUUCUCUUUGAACUUUAUGGCUAUUAUUCCCUUGGCCAAACUUCUUGGUUUUGCUACUGAAGAAAUUGCUUUGAGAUCUGGUUCAGUUGUUGGCUCACUUUUGAAUGCUACUUUUGGUAAUGCUGUCGAACUUAUUCUUGGAAUGAUUGCCUUAAAGGAAGGAUUAAUCCGUGUUGUCCAAGCUUCUAUCUUGGGUUCUAUUUUAUCCAACAUUCUGCUUGUGCUCGGUUGCUGCUUCUUAUUAGGUGGUAUUGGCCGCUCAGAGCAAAACUUCAAUAUCACUGCUGCUCAAACCUCUACUUCUCUCCUGGGUUUAACCACUCUUUCUUUAUUGAUUCCUGCUGCUUUCAAUGCUACUGGUGCUACAACUGGUGGAUAUGAAUCUGGCAUCAUUAACUUGAGUCAUGGAACCGCUGUCAUCUUGUUGCUCGUUUACUUCUUAUACCUCGUUUUCCAAUUAAAGACUCACUCUGAAUUGUUUGAAGAUGAAGCUGAUGAAGACGAAAAACCCAAUACUACCCUUGGCUUUGCUAUUGCUUCAUUGCUUGUCAUUACCCUCUUCAUUGCCCUUCAUGCUGAAUAUCUUGUUGGAGCUAUCGAAGGUGUUGUUGAGGCCUGGGGUUUGAACGAAACCUUUGUUGGUCUCAUUAUUUUGCCCAUUGUCGGAAAUGCUGCUGAACAUGUAAGUUCCAUUACUUUUGCCUUGAAGAACAAGAUGAAUUUGUGUAUCGGUAUCGCCGUUUCUUCUUCUUUACAAAUUGGUCUUUUGGUGUCCCCCUUGCUUGUGUUGACUGGUUGGGCGAUCGAUGUUCCCAUGACAUUCUUUUUCGAAUUAUUUGAAACUACAGUCUUGUUCUCUAGUGUCUUGAUUGUUAACUAUCUUAUUGCUGAUGGCAAAUCCAACUGGCUGGAAGGCGCCUUACUCUUGGCUGUCUAUGCUGUUGUUGCCAUGGCUUUCUACUACCACCCUAGUUCUUAA